AUGUCAUUGCAUGGCUACAGAACACCGAGAUCGAAGCCGAAAUGGUUCGCCUCGAACAAUGUGUCGCACACGUUCAUCGGUGCUUUACUCUCAGAGCAUCAAUCGAGGAUGAAGCAAAUGGAGGGCUUGGUAACCCAACUGCUCCUCAACUCGCAUACAACAGGGGUCUAUCCUUCUUCCCUUCUGGAUAACGCUAUGCCGAAUGGCAUUGAAUUCCAAUUCCUCCAUCUACAAGCCCAGAAGAUCGUCAUCAACCUUAACUAUAUAUCAGCCACCCAUACCUUCACAGAACUACCUGACAGCCGACCUGUUGAACUCGCAACCAUCGUCCAGGAGACACCCCCACCAAGCCCCAUGCGCACAGCCAUGAUCAAAGUCCUUCAACUUCAACAGCUGAUCCAACUAGAACCUGCCAGCCUUUCCGAUCGGGAAGGUGCUACGGAGUUACUGAGGAUUGGCAAACACCUGCGGGAUCUGGGUUUAAUGGAAGAUGCAGCGGCCAUCAACUCCUGCGCGACGGCCAUUUAUCGUGCGCUGAUGCAGGAAAACCCCGCCGUCUACAUGCCUUACGUCUUUUGGGGCUUGAUGAACUUUGCUCGUCUUCGUUAUGGGACACAGAUGGGACUCGAUGCAGUUGAAUCUGCAUAUCGCCUGCAAAAGGAUAUGACCCCCGCGUCGCGACAAGAGUCCUCAUCUCAACUCGCCUGGUCCAUGUGCCAUUACGCCGACCAUCUCCUUGUGAACGGUCACUGUGAGGAGUCCGUCGAACACGCGAAGGACGCGCUUGCAAUCCAGCGCAACGUGUCCGAGCACUACUCGGAAUACGACUCUUUGGUUGUUUGGGAGGCUUCUGGACAGGAACAUGCGGUGCUUUCGUCUACCUGCCUGGUCAUCAGGACGUUCAGUAUGGCUGUUCAGGAAGGGCUGUGUCUGUGUGCUUUCGCACAGAGUCUUGCCGCCGUGGGCCGCUACUCGGAAGCCUUUAUGGUUGGCACGGAGAUCAUCAGCUGCUUCACCGCCUUGGCCCAGUAUGAUCCUCGUUCGGCUGUCUUCCCCCGUUGGGUCCGUGCUGGUCUUGCGAACCGCUCAAGAUGGGUUUCGAUCAUCCGUCCACCUAGCCAACGUCCCUCAUUUAGUACGACUGCGGAUGAAGAGAACCUUGGGGCCCUAGACAGCACUGAGCAUCUGUGA